UGCAUCUAUUGCUGUCGCUGUUGUUGCUGUUGUUGCUGUUGUUGCUGCUGCUGCUGCCGCUGGCGCCGUGUGUUGCUUCCGCUGCUGUGGCUGCUGCAGUGAAGAACCGUCUCUGGAAGAUUAGUUGGUUUCGCGGCUUCAUCAUGGGAAACAACAUCCUCGCUGGAUGAGAGGAGAAUUUAACGGUAUCUUAACCAAACGAACUGACUCGAACGGAUAAACCAUAUACACACACAUAACAAUUAUAUAUACCACUCUCUCAAGAUUAUAUAUAUAUAUAUAUAUAUAUACAUACAAAAAUACGACAUACGUAUAUAUAUAUACAUACAUAUAUAUACAUAUAUACAUAUAUAUAUAUACAUAUAUAUAUAUACAUAUAUAUAUAUAUAUGCAUAUAUAUACAGUAAGUGUCUACGUAUUGGCAUCAGGAAGUGAGACGGCUUCGGAAAAUAUUACAUAUUAUACGUGAAUUUUCGUUCCCUAUUGCUUCGGUUAUUAUUAUCAUUAUUAUUAUUAUUAUUAUUAUUAUUAUUAUUAUUAUCCGAUGAUUUCCCCUACCUGAUGUCUUGCUUACGGAAAGGCAGAGAAUUUCAACAGUUGGUGUGUUUUGCAAAGAAGAACCUUAAGGGAUUACCAGCAUUGCGCCAUUUAUGGAAUGAACGGACAGAUGCUAGCUUUGUUGUAUUGGGAUGUUAGUUUACAUCGGUUCAUCGUCUCAUAGGAAAACUCAGAUACAAUGGAAGCAUUACGAAGAGUCUUAACCCAACCAGCACGAUUUCCCAAUCUGUUGGAUCGCGUCAGAAAAGCUCCGAAUUGAUAAACUUUAUGGCGACCAUUCAGGAAACGCAGAUCAUAUAAAUGGAAUACCAGUAAAACCAUUAUCCCUCACUGAUCUAUAUCAUCAGUGAAUUGCUUUCAAUAAUUCGCUUCUAACACUGGAGAUGUACUAUGGUGUCAACUGUUCAUUACCAGUGAACUAAGAUAAUGGAGUCCUGUUCUCUACCAAUACAGUAGUAUACAUAUAACAAAGACUGUUUCCACAAAUAACUUCAUCCCAGUCACAGUAAUGGGGGUCAACAAUUCGAUGUAUAUACUGACUAUUUGCAAGUGGAGACGUCAUUUCAAUCCGAAUCAAAGUCCAUCUAGCUAUUUCUAUAACACAUUGGCCUAUAGAUUUGUUGCGUGAGAGAGUAUAUAGCACAAUGCGACGAUUUUGGCGAUGGACAGAUACGAGUUGGUUACUUCUUUACGGAGAGUGGAAUUUAUUGCUGCUAACGAUGUACAAAGGGGUCGUGAUGUCUGCCGAAAUUACUCUAGAGAACCCCGACGAUAAGUGCCAUCAGCUUUACUAUACUGAGCCGAGAUGUGAUGAUCAUCCGUCUGGAUAUAAAUGUGUCUGCGGUCCUGGCUUUCAUUGGAACAAAUAUAAAUGCAUGUCAUCUGCAUUAGACUCCCGGUUAGAAUUCCGAAACAAAGAUCCUGUCCGUUAUACAUUACUUUUGGGUAAAGGAUUUCCGGAAGUCAAAAAUCUUACCAUUGCAUUCUGGGUAAAAGCUAACGGCAGUAAUAUGAAUCAAGAUACCAUUUUAUCCUACAAGCAGGAUCAAACUAUCAACAUAUUGCGCAUAACCAGUGGAAAUAAUUUAGUUUUUAAAAUAUUCAACAAAUAUAUAUCAACUAAUAUUUCGUUAGCAAAUGAAGUGUGGACCCAUGUUGUAUGGACUUGGAGAAUGCACGAUGGUAAUUGGCGUCUUUACGUCAAUGGCACGAAAAGACAAAGCGGACGUGGUGCAUCGGUGAAUAAAGCAAUUCCUUCGGAUGGAGAACUGGUUCUCGGUCAAGCUUCUCGAGAAGGCGCUUAUUUUGACACCACUUAUGCUUUUGUCGGUGAUUUAAGUCACUUUAACAUCUGGGAUUAUGAAAUGAAGCGCCAAGCAAUUCGAAGUAUGUAUCAGUCCUGUGUAUUUAUGCAUUGUGGAAAUGUUGUCCAAUGGGCGGAAUUUCGCAGUGGUACACGAGGAGCGAUGCGUCUGCGCUGGCCUUCAGGGCUUGUCACCAAGCCCUGUUUUGAUGAGCAUGAGGCUGCCACAACAUGUGACAAGCAUUGCAGCGAUGUCAUUGGUGCUCAAUGUAAUCAAGAAAUUGUAGAAAACAUACGUUGGUCCCGUACUCCUGCCGACAAUAACGUGAGUGUAACUUGCCCAGGCCAAGAAGAUUUGGAAGGAACAAAUGCAACUGUUGACUCCGCAAUUCGACCCUGUAUGAGAACCGCAGACAACAAUGGUAAAUGGGGAGAACCUAUCAUCGAUGGAUGUAUAUCAUUGUCACUCCUGGAGCUGAAAAAUGAGUUCAAAUCAGCUUUGAGGAGACCUGUUGUAGCGGAAGUGUCAAUUCUUGAGUUAGCAGAUAAACUGAAUAACCAUACCAAGUUCAAUUCAUACACAAACCCAAUCGAUAUAGCAACCAUUAUCGAUCUGCUUGGUAUGUUGGUCGAGACACAGGGUGUGUCAAUUCAUGUCGUCUCCUGGAAUGAUGGCAAAGACAAUUAUGCGCGUACCCAAACUAACUACAACCCCACCAUGGUACAGACGAAGGUGUUUGCACAGCUUGUCACCCGGAUAGUGGAUAACCUGCUGAACAGAAGAAACGAAGUCGGGUGGAAUGCUACUGAGCCGAGCGGAACGGAGGGCGAAGCAUUGAUGUCAGUUAUGCGUAACUUUUCCGAAGUUAUAUCUCGAAGACUGGAAUAUCAUGUAAAAGACAGGAAGCUGUCGAAAGGGGAAGCAAUGAUACGGCAGUCAAAAGCUAACAUUUCUUUCAAGAUUCAAAUAUGGUGGAUAGAAGACCCAAUUUUUACAACGUUCCCUGACCGUGUCGAUAGGGAUCUUCUGGAACUGGACCCUCAAGAAGGAACAGUAGAAUUGCUAAACGAAAAUUUAAAGCUCUCCCAGAGAAUGAGUGGUUCACCCGUUUUCGUUGGUGUGGCCACAUUUCUGUAUCCGUCGUUUUCCCGCGUUUUACCAAAUCAUUUUUUUAAAAGGACGAAAGAAAAUAACAUCAACACUCCAGUUGUGGCCCUUUACCUUCACAUAGAAAAAGAAAAAAUUACCGAAAAUCUCACAUCACCUGUGAUAAUAAGUCUGCCGUAUUUAGACACUUUUAAUAUAUCCAACCCAGAGUGUGUCCGGUUGCGACCAAGUACAAACAACCGAGUCUUCAACCAAUGGACAAUGACCACGGGUGAAAAAAACCGCUGGUUAAGGGAUAACUGCUACAUCAUCCGUGAUCAUUUUCGUUCUGGGGUCUGUGCCUGCCAUAUGCAAGGAGUUUAUGCAAUUACAACAGACAUGUACAACGACAAUUGGGACAAAGGAGAAAAACGGCCUAACUUGAUGAACGUUGCAUCUUACAUAGGUUGUUCUGUAUCAGCUGCACUUUGCCUUAUCUCAUUUGGAAUGCUUACCUAUCUCAGGACAUCGUCCAGCACUGCCGCACUUCACAAAAAUCUCUCUUUAUGUAUUGUUUUUAGUCAAGUUGUCUUCAUGGUAGGAAUCGAUAAAUAUGACUACAAGAUUGUGUGUCAAGUAUUCGCCAUCCUUCUUCAUUAUUUUUUCUUGGCAACAUACUCUUGGAUCAUGAACGAAGCAUUUAACCUCUACAUAGUUAUAACAUAUUCUGCACAUUCGCAUCGAGAUUCAAAUGAGUCAGGUUCAUUGAUGCGAUAUUAUAUCAUUGGAUGGAUUUUCCCUGCUGUUUUAGUUGGUGCAUUCGUUGGAUCCCACGGGGAAACGUAUUACGCUCCCGAUAUGUGCUGGAUUGCCUGGGGACACAUAUGGCUGUUUUUAGGACCAGCUGUUGGAAUUAUUGCCAUCACUAUUUUAGUGUUGAUCUUCACAGCCAAAGAACACAACGAAAACUCGUAUACACAGAGCGAGAAAACCAACAAAACUAUCCAGAUUCAUUCAAAAGCGCUUUGGACACAAACAAUUUUACUGACAACAAUUUGGUCCUUCGCUUUUAUAUCGUUAAAGAUGACCGAUAACAUACUGAAGUAUUUGUACGCCAUGUUCAACUGUCUUCAGGGGGCUUUUUUCAUCGUCUUUUACUUUUUGCUACAUGAAGAGGUACGAGCCGUAUUCAAAAAUGAAAGGAAGAAGAAAAAUCUCGCCAUGCAUGGCUAUGAUUAUUCUGACGAACAAUCUCUGGACUCUCUUGAAUCAUACAGCGCCAUUUUAGAAAAGAGCAACGGAGAUACUCUGCCUUUGGGCAAAGAUUCGAAAGCUUUAGAAUCACUCAAACACAGACAACGAUCACAGAUAGAAGUGAGUAGUGACGAUGCUUCCGAUUGCGAAAUGAUAACAUCUGUGUGACAUGUACUGUCCUAAUAUACAGUCCUUUAUAUAAUAUUCUACAUUUUAGAGGGAACUAUGAAAGCCGUGAGAUUAUAUGUAUGUUUUCUUGUUACUUUUUCCGUUAUGUUUUUAUUUUUAAAUUUGAUUAUGAUUAUCAUUACAUUAUUAAAAUUAUUAAUAUUAUUAUUAUUAUUAUUACUAUUUUUAUUGUUUGUAAAAAUUCCAAGACGUGUGAAGAGAAGAUUGGUUGUGUAAGUUUGUAAUUGUUAACUGCUUCCUAAGUAUUAUUUUAUUUCAUAAACACGUGUAUUGUGGCUAAAUAAAGGAUGAAGAUGAUUAAAACACAUUA